AUGGCCACCCCCUCGCCCGCCGCCAGCUCUUCCUCGACGGCCGGCGUCGCCGCCGCCGCCGCCUACCAUGCCAACCCGACCUGGAGGCAGAAGCACCAGGCGCAGCAGGUCGACUACCCGUCGCAGCAGGCCGUCGACUCGGUGCUGCAGCGUAUCGGCAAGUUGCCCGGCCUCGUAUCGCCCUACGAGGUCGACCGCCUGCGCACCCAGCUCGCCGCCGUCGCAGAGGGCAAGGCCUUCCUCCUCCAGACGGGCGACUGCGCAGAGCUCUUCGACUACUGCAACCCGGAACAGAUCCAGGCGAAGCUCAAGCUCUCGCUGCUCAUGAGCCUGAUCCUCAUCUGGGGCGCGCGCAAGCCCGUCGUCCGCAUCGGAAGGAUCGCGGGACAGUACGCCAAGCCCCGGUCCAAGCCCACCGAGACCAUCGUCCGCGUCGACCCGCAGACGGGCAACACGACCAAGGAGGAGAUCAUCUCGUUUCGCGGCGACAACAUCAACGCUUUCAGCCCGGACCCGCCCAGCGGCCGCAUCCCGGACCCGGAGCGCCUCCUCCAGGCCUACUUCCACUCGGCGGCGACCGUCAACCACAUCCGCUCCGAGCUCUCGAGCGGGCUCGCUGAUCUCCACGCCCCUCGCCAGUGGUCCUUCCAGCACGUCCAAUCUCGGGCGCUGCAGGACGAGUUCGAGUCGGUCGUCGACAGCCUCACCGAUGCGCUCGACUUUAUGCGCACCAUUGGCGCCGAUCCGGGCGUGGGCAACAACAACGUCCUCAACUCGGUCGACUACUUUAUCAGCCACGAGGGCCUCGCACUCGACUACGAGGAGGCGUUGACGAGGCUCGUGCGGAGGCCGACGCCGUCCAACCCGUCCAGAUCGACCUUCUCCCACGAGGCGGCGGCGGCGGCGGCGGCGGCAGCAGCAGCGGGAGGGGCCGACGGAUCGUCGCAGAGCAAUGAAGUCGAGGCGGUGGAUCGCUACGCCCUUUCUGCCCACACCGUCUGGCUCGGCGACCGGACGCGGCAGCUCGACGGUGCCCACAUGGACUACUUUGCCUCGAUCCGCAACCCGGUCGGCAUCAAGGUCGGGCCGUCGAUGAAGCCGCAGGAGCUCAUCGAGAUCCUCGACAUCCUCAACCCCGACGUUCCGCUGUCCUCGGGCUCAGACGAAGAGGGAGGUGAGGGCUCCCACAACGGUACCGUCCGCUACGGCAAGGAGAAGGGCCGCGUGAUGGUCAUCAUCCGUCUUGGGGCCAGCAAGGUGGCGUCGCUCCUGCCGCCCCUCCUCUCGGCCAUCGCCGCCUCGUCGCACUACGACUCGAUCAUCCUCCUGUGCGACCCCAUGCACGGCAACACGCAGACGUCGCCCUACCCGCCCACGUCGACCGACCCCUCGGCGCAGCCGCUCAAGACACGCUCGUUUGGCGACAUCAUCUCCGAGAUCCUGCACUUCCUCGACAUCAUCUCGACCGACUUCCCCACGCUGCGCGUCGGCGGCGUGCACCUCGAGCUGACGGGCGACAAGGACGUCACCGAGUGCUUUGGCGGAUCGAUGCGCCUCCGCCCCGAGGAUCUCGAGCGCGGCUACAAAAGCCACUGCGACCCGCGCCUCAACUUUGAGCAGAGCCUCGACGUCGCCUUCCUGCUGAGCCACUACUUCCGCAAGCAGAGGCUGCAGAAGCGCAAGCAGGCGGCCUGGGGUGGGAGCGGUGCCGAGGGAGCAGAAAAAGUGCCGGAGCCGCCAACGACCGAGGAGGUCAAGCUGCGGCAGAAGGCCAUCAUCGAGACGGGGUCGGGAGACGAGCUGCUGGCCCAGCUCAUCUGCGGCAUCACCUCGAGGUAA